CAAUCCAACGGUCGUAGUUAUUCCUAAGCCACCAAAUCCCAUCUCCACCCUCCAUAACAUACAUUAACCUUGUCCCUUCAGUCUUGGCCUAUUCAAUUUUGUUCCAAUUCUCUCACAAAAUUGGCAUCUCUUUCUUCUUUCUUCUUUCUUCUUUCUUCUUUCCUCCUCUCUCUCAUUUCUCUCGUGAGAGAGAGUUAUGAAAAUAAGGCAAAAAUUCACAUUGUUUCUGAUUCUCAAUUUUAUUUUCGCACAUUGAUUCAGCUUCUUCAAGAGGGGGAAGGGAAUUAUAAUUUAUAAUGAAAUCAGUAAUGUCGGCGCCGCCGUGGCUUGAGCCAUUACUGACAACGCCGUUCUUCUCAAUUUGCCACACGCACGGUGACGCCGCCAGAAGUGAACGGAAUAUGUAUUGUCUUGAUUGCCAUUCUGACGCAUUUUGCUUUUAUUGUCGCUCAUCACACCACAAUGAUCAUCAAGUCAUUCAGAUAAGAAGAUCUUCAUAUCAUGAUGUGGUAAGAGUAGCAGAAAUUGAAGAUGCAUUGGAUAUAAGUGGAGUACAAACAUAUGUGAUUAAUAGUGCUAGAGUAAUGUUUUUGAAUGAAAGACCACAACCAAAAGCUGGUAAAGGAGGAGCUCAUAUUUGUGAAAUUUGUGGAAGAAGUUUAUUAGAUCCUUUUCGUUUCUGUUCACUUGGCUGUAAGCUUGUAGGGGUGAAGAGAAAUGGGGAUGCAAGCUUUAACUUGGAGGCAAAGAAAGAGGCAAUGGGAAUAGAAAGAAGAGAAGGAAUUUCAUCAAGGAGAAGAAAAGGCAUUCCUCAUAGGGCACCAUUUGGGUCCUAAUUAUUAAUUAUUGCCUUCUAAAACCCAAUUCUUUGAAGGCUUUUUUUUCUUUUUUCUUUUUUCUUUUUUAAAUAAUUAAUCAUUCUACAUACCAUAAUUUGAGGUCUUUGUCCAUAAAAAUAUAGGGCACUCAUUGUGGGUAUGUCCCUGAAAAAUAAAAAUUCAAAAAAAAAAAAUCAAUAAUAAUUAUUUUUUUUAUAUAUAUAUAAAAAUAGAGUAUAUAGGGGGAAAAAAGGUCUUCUCUUUCUCUUUCUAAAGCUUUGGGUCCCAUACACAACAAAUUCUAUCUUGAGGAUGUUAAAGAAGCAAUAAUAGAGGAAUUGUUAUGUUGAUAAUUGCAAGAUGUAUAUUUGUUUAUUUGAGAAAUUAAAUUUCCCCAAAGAGAAAAAAAAAAAGAAUUAGAAGAAGAAGAAGAAGAAGAAGAGAUAUUAGAACAUGUCUUUGUGGAGUCCGUUUCAUAGUUUUCGGGGGCCCACUGACCACAUGGGUCGUUUAUAUAAAUAAAUACUUUAAUUGUAUUUUAUUAAUAUAUUUUUUUAUGGUUAAACAACCAUAUUAUUAUUAUUAUUAUUCAUCUUUGUUUAAUUAUGAUCAUGUCAUCAUCUCUUUGUUUUC